AGUUUUUUGUUGUUUUCGAAAAUCGCCGCAAACCUAACCCUAUUUUUAUGUUUACACAUUUUUACAGCAAAAUGCUGAAAAAUAUCUUUAAAAAUAAUUUGAAAGUUUGUCACAAGAUAUUUAGGAGAUAUAAAAGUGAUAGAAAUGUGUUGAAACUCAAAGAACGUGAAAUUAUACAGGAUAUUUUCCCCAGUACUGCGAGCGAUGAAAUGAGAAUAAAAUUCACAAGAGAGACACAGACACUCUAUGCAGGCUUCGAUCCGACAGCAGAAAGUCUCCAUGUGGGCAAUUUACUUGUCAUAAUGGGACUCCUUCACUGCCAGAGGAAGGGACAUCAGCCAAUUGCUCUACUUGGAGGAGCAACUGGGCUGAUUGGAGACCCUUCUGGAAGGAGUACAGAGAGAUCAAUGUUGGAGAUGGACACUGUUGAGAAAAACCUGGUCAGCAUCAGGAAACAAAUUGAGGGAGUAUUUGAGAAUCACAGGAAGUACUUCUGGAAUGGAGAUCAAGAGAGGUUGCUAGAGCCAAGGAUUCUAAAUAAUGCCGACUGGUACAGAUCCGUGAAGCUGAUUGAAUUCAUUUCAACAGUUGGUAGACAUUUCCGAAUGGGCCAAAUGCUUUCUCGGACUUCUGUACAGUCUCGGAUCAACAGUGAAUCGGGGAUGAGUUUCACAGAGUUUACUUACCAAAUGUUUCAGGCCUAUGAUUGGUUGCAUUUGUUGAAAGAGCACAAUUGCCGCUUUCAGCUUGGAGGAAGUGAUCAGAUGGGAAAUCUAAUGAGUGGUCAUGAGUUAAUCAGUAGAAUGGAUAAGAGAAAUGUUUAUGGAAUAACACUUCCUAUAGUAACUAAUGAAGAGGGAGAUAAAUAUGGGAAAUCAGCAGGGAAAGCAAUUUGGUUAGAUCCUCUGAUGACUUCACCAUUUUCCUUCUAUCAAUUCUUCUUGCGAUCUCGUGAUGCUGAUGUUGAACGUCUUCUCAAAUUGUUUACAUUUGUUCCUCUGAGAAAAGUCACUGAGAUUAUGGAACAGCAUAAAAGGGUUCCGGAACUUCGAGAAGCUCAGAAAAAGCUAGCGCAAGAAGUGACUCUCCUUAUUCAUGGGCAAGAAGGUCUAAAGACUGCUGAAAAUGUUUCAGAGGCCCUCUAUGGAGGGAAUAUUGAUACACUUGGGGAAUUAACUUACGAUGAUGUUAAAGUUACUUUCCAAGGAGCAACUCUGACGGAAUUGCUGAUGGAACCGGGAUUGUCUGUGUUGGAUGUAGCUUUGAAGGCAAAAUGCUUCCCAACUAAAGAUGAUGCUGUUAGGAUUAUAACAGCGGGAGGUUUUCGCAUCAAUCAUCAGCGGACGACUAAUAUUGCAGAGGUUCUUUCUCCUGGAAUUCAUAUUCUAAAGAAUGGAAUUAGUCUCCUGAGAGUUGGGAAGAAAAAUUACUACAUUGUUAAGUGGAUGUAGAAAAAAAGUGAAAAAAAUAAAUUAGUUGAAAAAUAAA